CUACCCCUCUUCCAACACACACCAAAUAAAAAUGAAAAAACAUCAGAUUUGAUUUCAAUAUGGUAUGGUAUUUCAGUAUGGUAUUCCAAUGAUGGGGUGCUAUUCCUCCCACUGACACCAAUGAUGGGGCGCACUACUCCUCCCACUGACACCAAUGAUGGGGCACUAUUUCAUCCACUGACACCAAUGAUGGGCCACUAUUCCUCCGACUGACACCAAUUGUGGGGAGAAUAGUGCCCCAUCGUUGGUAUCAGUGGGAGGAAUAGUGCCCCAUCAUUGGUGUCAGUGGGAGGAAUAGUGCCCCAUCAUUGGUAUAAGUGGGAGAAUAGUGCCCCAUCAUUGGUAUCAGUGGGGAGAAUAGUGCCCCAUCAUUGGUAUCAGUG